UAUAUAUAAAUGUAUGUAUAAUAGAUAGAUAUAUAAUAUCUGUAUUAAAGGAUGAAGGAAUUAUUGGAGGGGGAGCCCCAGUUAUUUAGGCUAUUGCAGUAGUGAUGGAGGCUGAAUUAGCAAGAUGUAUGUUUAAAUGAGGUAAAGGAGUUGUAAUGUAAAGAUAAAAGUAGAAUUGAGGAGAUGUGGUAUGUGAAGGAAAAUUAAGAUUUGAGUAUCACUUCGAGAUUGUGAACCUGGGUCAUUGAAAGAUGAUGGUGUCUUCGGCAUAAAUAGGGAAAUUAGAAAAAAUGAUAAGUUUAGAGAAAAGAUGGAAUUCUAUUUUGGACAUUCAUUUGUUAAAACAAGCAUGUUUUUAAGAUAAGUUUGAGAUGCCUGUGGGAAAUCCAGAUGGAGAUAUCUUACAGGUAGGUUUUUGAUGUAGAACUGGAGCUCAAGAGAGCUGAAAGCUAGAUUUGUAGAUUUGGGAGACAACCUUCAUAGAAAUUAUAAAUGGAACCUGUAGAAGCUGAUAAUUUUCAAAAGAGAAAAAAAGUAAAGUGUUCAUUUUGCCCAGGGAGUCAGAUGUGGGAACAUUAAGUAGUUGUCUGGAUUGUAGGAGGAGGACCCAGAGAGCUGUAUCACAGAAACCCAUUUGGGAAAGAGAGAAUAUAUAAAGGGGCUAGUAAGAAUUAGCACUAAAAAAGGCCAGGAAGGGAAAAGUAAAAAGCCCUUGAAUAAUAGAGCCAAAUCUUUUUCUUGUGCGAUUUAAAAAUUCUAGCAAGAAUAUUAACCACAAAAAUGUGAGGGAAAGACUGCCAAAACUCCUUCAAUUAAAGGUAAGGCCCCUCAUUUUUAACAUCAAUACCUUGUGUUCUGAAUGAACAGUUAGAAAACUAGGGAUUGUAGUCUUGUCUCAGCCUAUGUGAUUUUUGGCAAAUGAUUUAGGAUCUCUGAAAUUUCAUUUCUUGAUUUGUAAAAUGUCUAAAACAAUUUCCUUGUCUACCUGAUGCUUGUUUUGUGAGAAUCAAAUGAGAUAACAAAUGAGAAGGAUUCAAAAAUAUCAAAGUGCCAUACAAAUAUGAUAUAAUUAUUUUUAGUCACCUCCUAGAGAAUCUGUAUUGUGCUUCUGGCAGCAUUUCAGUAUUUAUUAGUUCAUUUAUGUUGUAUAGAAUAUUCGAAUCAAAUCAAAUUCUUUUCAGUGAAUUCACUUUUAAUAACUUUUUGAAAAAGUUAUCAAAAAAAUUAUUAUCAAAUUAGAAAUUUGUUUUUCAGGUGAGGUGUUUUUUAAGUGAGGCAAAAUCAAAUGAAAUUUGAUAUAUUUUAGUGUCUUUUCUCUUGUAUUUCUGUAUUUUUAAUCUUUUCUAGCAAAGAAAGAGUUAAUAGCAACAAGGAUGUUAAGCAGGAAAUGCUGUUAUCCUUAUGCAUAUGAUGGAAUGAAUAAUUUAGUAUCUUCGGGAAAUGCAAACUGCAGUAAGAAUUCAAGCAACCUUUAUCAGAGUAGUAAGCAACAUUUUGCUUGACAGCAUGAAGUGAAAAUUCUUUUCAGAAAAGGAAGGUUUAAAGUUUUCAUUGCAGGAAUAUUAUAUGACAGGUUAAAUUACAAUAUGGAUUCAGAUUAUUUUGGGUCUAAAAGCAUAAGACUGCAUCAGAGAAAUCAUGGCUUACCUGCAUUCUGACAAUUCUCAGGAAGUAAUUGGCAACUCUCCUUGCCAGUAUGGUUGGUAACAGGAUUUGGCAGUUUCUUUGCUGUCAGAAGAGGGAUAAUUUCUCAAGUUUUCCUUCCCAGAGCAAGGUUACUGCUACCCAGGACAGCACUAAUUUGCGAUGUAUUUUCUGUGUGUUCUAUUUAGGUCCUACAUUGCCUAGACAAAAUUCACAACUGCCUUCCCAAGUGCAGAAUGGUCCAUCACAAGAAGAAUUGGAAAUUCAAAGAAGGCAACUGCAAGAACAGCAGCGCCAAAAGGAAAUGGAACGGGAGAGGCUGGAGCGUGAAAGAAUUGAACGAGAGAGGUUGGAGAGAGAGAGGUUAGAAAGGGAAAGAAUUGAAAGGGAAAGAAUGGAGCAAGAACAGCUUGAAAGAGAGCGGCAAGAACGCCUAGAACGAGAAAGGCAAGAUCGAGAGAGGCUUGAACGGGAAAGACAAGAAAGAGAGCGGCAAGAACAGUUAGAAAGGGAACAGUUGGAAUGGGAAAGAGAGAGAAGAAUAUCAAAUGCUGCUCCAUCUUUCGACAACUCCCUGUAUAGUGCUCCACUUCCUGAAUAUUCCAGUUGCCAGCCUCCUUCAGCACCUCCUCCAUCAUAUGCUAAAGUCAUCUCAGCUCCAGUGUCAGAUGCCACUCCUGAUUAUGCUGUAGUGACCUCUAUACCACCUACUUCCACACCCCCUACACCACCACUGCGACACUCAGCGACACGUUUUGCAACCUCUUUAGGUUCAGCCUUCCACCCUGUUCUGCCCCAUUAUGCUACAGUUCCUCGUCCUCUGAACAAAAACUCUCGACCUUCUUCUCCUGUGAAUGCACCCCCUUCUCAACCUCCAGCUACGAAGCCUUUUGCCUGGUCUGCUUCAAACUUUGCACCCCUCCCUCCAUCGCCUCCAGUUAUGAUUAGCAGCCCUCCAGGCAAAGCUACUGGUCCAAGGCCUGUUCUCCCUGUUUGUGUUUCUAAUCCGUUGCCCCAAAUGCCUCCGUCACCUACUGCACCCAAUGGGCUUCCUGAUUCUGUAACAUAUCCAGCACCUUCACCGUCUACCUCAGGUCCAGCAGCUCCACCUCCGCCACCACCACCUCCAGCACCUCCACUGCCUUCCCUUCCGUCACUGUCUCACUCUGGACCUCAAGCUUCUCCUCCUCCAAGCACCCCUAUUGCCUCAACUCCCUCAUCCAAGCCUAGUGUUCUCCCUUCUCCCUCUGCAGCUGCCCCUGCCUCUGUUGAGACUUCUCUAAACUCUGUGCUGGGAGACUCCUCUGCUUCUGAGCCAGCCUUGCAGGCAGCCUCUCAGCCGAUUGAAACUCCGACCCAGCAGGGUGUUGUCCUGGGCCCACCUGCUCCUCCUCCCCCUCCACCACUUCCUCCUGGUCCAGCCCAGACUCCAGCAGCACUCCCACCUCCACCAGGUCCACCUCCCCCGCCCCCCCUCCCAUCUUCUGGACCACCUCCUCCCCCACCUCCCCCACCCCUUCCUAAUCAGGUACCCCUUCCAGUUCCUCUACCCCCUCCUGCCCCUCCUCUUCCUGCUUCUGGAUUUUCUGUGGCUUGUAUAUCAGAAGACAAUCGCCCUUUAACUGGACUUGCAGCUGCAAUUGCUGGAGCCAAACUUAGGAAAGUUUCACGGAUUGAGGAUUCCUCUAGUCCAAGUGGAGGAAGUGCCAUUGGAGUGAACUCAACUUCAGCUAAAACAGACACAGGUCGUGGAAAUGGACCACUUCCUUUAGGUGGCAGUGGUUUAAUGGAAGAAAUGAGUGCCCUGCUGGCCAGGAGAAGAAGAAUUGCUGAAAAGGGAUCAACAAUAGAAACAGAACCAAAAGAGGAUAAAACUGAAGAUGCAGAACCUUCAGCUCCUAAGACUUCUUCAACAAGCACACCUGAACCAACAAGAAAACCAUGGGAAAGAACGAAUACAAUGAAUGGCAGCAAGUCACCUGUUAUCUCCAGACGGGAUUCUCCAAGGAAAAAUCAGAUUGUUUUUGACAACAGGUCCUAUGAUUCAUUACACAGACCAAAAUCAACGCCAUCUGCGCAACCCAGUGCCAAUGGAGUGCAGUCAGAAGGGCUAGACUAUGACAGAUUGAAGCAGGAUAUUUUAGAUGAAAUGAGAAAAGAAUUAACAAAACUAAAAGAAGAGCUCAUUGAUGCAAUCAGACAGGAACUCAGCAAAUCAAAUACUGCAUAAAAAAAAAGUAAAACUAAGGCGAUAGACUUUGACCGGAAAACAUCAAGUAACUACAUUUUGUGGGCUGUUAGAAGAAAAUGGAAAAAAACACUUGGAAUGAGGGAAAAAUCAUCAUAUUAUAAAAGCUGUCACACAUCUACGAUGACCUGCUAUUUCCCUCCCAGUUUGCUGCUUUUUUCUGACCUUUACAAACAGGAUGGAAAAGAGUCUUAAGAAUUACUGUAAUGAUUAUGCAGAAAAUCCACCUGUCAGGCAAGAUCACAGUGCAUUGAAAUAUUCUCAUGUCAAGAUAAAAUUGCACAUUUUUUUUUCUUCAGAAUUCAUUGUUAAAACAAAGAAGAGAAAAGUUCAAGAAGGCUUUUCAGAGAGGUUUUCAGUGUUAAUGAAGGAUUUAGCAAGUUAUUUUGUUGUACUGCAAAUGUUUCUCAGGUUUUGUCUUCCUAUCACAUUUGAUAUUCCAUGAAUUAUUACAUAUAUUGGUUCAGAUCAUAAAACAUGGAACAAAUGGAAAUGUGUGUGUUUAUGGAAAGUGAUUAUUUGUAAGAAAGUGACCUAAACAUGGCUUGUACAGAUUGGAAUUCUGGAACGAUAGGAAGCCUCUCUAGUUAGCCUUCAUGCAGUUUUGUAGAUUAAAAACAAAAAGUACACCUAAAAAUUCAAAAAUGUAGAUGCCUUCCUACAUUGUUACAAUGCUUUACCAAAUCUACAUGAUACAAUCAGUGGUCAGCUAUGUUAUGGAUUUAAGUAGGUUUCCAGGCUUUUUUUUUUUUUUUUUUUUUUUUUUUUAAGAUUUAAACAUGUGGACAUGUAACAACUAACACAAAAUUUGUUUUUGUUUUUUUUUUUGUUUGUUUGUUUGUUUUUUAUUACAAAAAUCAGUACACAUCACAAGUAUUUAGUAGCCUUUCCAAGCCCAGCCCCAAGGGGAAAAACUAUGUGAGAGGAAAGGGGGGAAUUAUUUCUCAGUUAAAAUUAAUUAAUUAAAUAUUUUUCUGCAAUAUAUUUUUCUCAGACAUUUUGUGCAUGAAUAAUAAUGAGGAAUAUUUUGUGACUUCAAUGAGUAACCAUGUUAAUAGAACCAGGUACUUAAUUUUUCUUUAAAGUUACUUGUAUCUUAGGUAACUUCUGGGUCUGGGUUUCACAUUAUGUAAUUGUCCCUGUGGAACUCAAAAAGUUGGAUCACUGAAUUUAGGAAUCUUUACAUUCAUGUCCCUGCAAUAAUACAGAAUAUAAAUGUCCAGGUAUAUAUAUAUAUAUAUAUAUAUAUAUAUAUAUAUAUAUAUAUAUAUAUAUUCCUGGCUUUCUCUUCAAGGCUACUUUUGAAAUUUGCUUUGCUAAAUUAAUAAGCAAAAGAAUUAUAUUAGGUUCACAAAAGUGCUGGAAAUAGAAAGUAAUGAAAAAUUAUACAUCAUUUUCCUUAGGGAAUGAAGUUAGAUUUUGCUGCUGGAAGGAAGAAAUAAUUCUGCGUGUGUGUGUGUACAUGUGCGUGUGUGUGCGUGCGUGCGUGUGUGUGUGUGUGUGUAAAAUCCACCUUCUCUCUUACCUUUUUCUUUUGAAGUGGUAAAAUUAAGUGGGAAAAAAGAUUCAUGUGAGUUGGUAUCAGUAUAGUUCUAAAUCAAAUUCCAUCACAUCUACCCAUACCCCUUCUCCUGUCCCACCCUCUCCCCACCAUAUCUUGAUUCAGGCUAUGCAGUUUUAGUGCCAUAUUUGUUUUUAGGUCUCUAAGGCUCAGAAAUUGUAAUAGAAUUUUGAAGAAUGCAUUUUAAUUUGCCUUUUUAGAUUCUUUGGUUCUCCAUUUUUAGGCCAGAAAGCUUUUAAGUAUCAUAUUCCCCUAUAGUUAACCAAAGCAAAUUCAUAGUACUUACCACUUCAAGGAAGGUUGAUGAUGUUCGUCCCCUUCUCUCCCCUUUAAAAAUGUUUCUUGCUUCUUCAUUUUAAAGACUAGACUAUGAUGGGACUUAAUCAUAAUUGUAUACAAUUCUUCUUUCCAGUGACUGUUUAUAUUCUGCAUGUGAUAGUGAAGGCAUUAAAGAUAAAAAGCAAGCUUUUAAAGUACUGUUCUAUAUAAAAAGUAAUAGGAGGCAUUUUCAUCUUUGUUCACAUAAUUUUUUUUAAGCACACAUUUAUCAUAAGAUUGUUUACACACCCCUACCAAUCUGGUCAGAAAUCAUGUUUGAUUUUGUUAGUAAAGUUCAAUAGCCUGGUGGAAUAGUAUAUUGGGUACAUGUGGUCCAAGAGACUAAAAUAGUGAAUUCUGAAAGAAACUGGUUUAUGCACUAAACGUUUUGUGCCUUGGUCAAAAAUUAACAUGAUUUCUAUAUAAAAGGAUUAAAAAAAAAAAACCCAAUGUUUAUUCAUGCUACUUUU